UUAUGCAAAAAGGCAGCUCGAGCAGCUGGGGGAGAGGCAGAGCAAGCCUUUGCUCGGCUUGCAUCACCACCGCUUGAAAACAAGCCUGGAUUACUCGUGAGGCUCUCGCCGCCGGGCCUGCUGAACGAAGCCGAGCGGCAUGGCUUGAUUUCUGACGUAGCAGGAUUGCAAAACAACAUGGGGAACCAGGAUGGGAAGCUGAAGAGGAAUGCAGGUGAUGUGCAGGAAGGGGGAGAGGAUGCUUCUGGGCCCAGGGAUGCGGAGGGCACAAAGAAGGGAGCAGGAAGCAAGAAGGGACUGGGGAGGCACGGCAAAGGGAGCGAGUCCAGCAAAAAGAAGGGGAAGUCUGAGUCCCGGGGGUCUGUGUUUUCCAAUCUGAGGAUCAGAAAAAAUCUGUCCAAGGCGAAAGAUGGAAACAGCAGCUCGAGAGAGGAUGUUUUGGAAAGCCAGGCCUCGCAAACGGGAGAGCUGGACAGCGCUCAUUCAGUCCUUACCAAAACGCCUGAUAUAAGCAUCUCUGCUGAUGAAGGGGGGCUCUCGGACACAGAUGUGGAACAUUUUGAGAUUACAAAUGAGACUCGUCCAGCUGCUGCUGAGCCGCAGGAUGGACAAAGGACCAGCUCCGGCUCGGAUACGGAUAUAUACAGUUUCCAUUCAGCUACCGAACAAGAGGAUUUGCUCUCUGAUAUCCAGCAGGCUAUUAGACUGCAACUGCAGCAGCAGCAGCAGGGGGCAAUUAACAUUGGAACGGAGCAGCAUGGCACCAAAACAAUGGAUCUACACAUGGCUAAUUCUCAAGCUACCCCCUUUGAUUUUGAAAGGUUCCUUUCACUGAGCAGCGACAAAGACAGCAGUCCAGAUACCGAGCAGGCUGUCUCGGCAAAAUCGGAAAUUACAGGCUAUAUCCCCACUUGCGAUGCUGAACGGGAAGUGGAGGAAGAGGCAGAUGACAUGGGCUAUCCCCGCAGUGGUGUGUUUGGUAGGGAGGAACACAGGCAAUUGCCAGAGGAGCAGGAGCGACCUGCUGGUGCAGGCAAAGACCUCGGCCUGUUAAAAGCUGCAGUGACUGAAAACGGGGGUCUGCAAGGCAGUUCUGUGUUUAAUUUCCCAUCCCCGGUAGGAGAGUCAGAGACUGAAGGCAUAGGCGUUGAAUCUACUGGUUCAGAAACCGAGGGGACUAUUGCAGAUGCAGGCCACGAUCAGGUGGAAGGAGCCAAAGAAAGGAAAUUGAGUGUGUUGCUAAGCAGAGAGGCAGUGAAGAAUGGGUUUUCUGCUGAGAUGAAAAAUGGUAUUUGUUCCUCCGAGGACAUCCCAAGCAGUCCUGCACAUAGUUCCAAAUGCUUCAAGCCUUACCCUCCCAUAAACCCAUGCUACAUCAAAACCACCACAAGACAGCUGAGUUCUCCAAACCACUCACCUUCUCUAUCCCCGUCCCAGAGCCCACUUUUUAAAAGGCGGCGGGAGUCCUCUCGCCGAAAAGAGAGCGACUCGGCCAAGAAACAGAGGUCGGCCAGUUUGGCCGGUACAUUCAGCCGCUCAGCGGACUGGACAGAUGAAAUUUCAGAUCAUAAAGGUGAAAUAGCUCAAAAGUCCGGCUCUGCAGACUUCUUGGAGUACAGGCGGAUUAGAGAUGGCUUUCCAGGGGAGAAAAUGCCUUUGAAUCACUCAAGAAAGACCUCAGGGAUGACGCCUUCUAGUGACGCUUUCCCCAAUGUGUUCAGAGGUAGAACUCUUCUGGAAAGGCUAUCCAGCCAGCAGGAAAAUGCACCACAAGAAGAAGCUGAGAAACUUUGUUCUUGGAUCAUUGCAAUGGGUCUUCUACUUCCCUUCAGUGAUUGCUUCAGAGAGCCAUGUAGUCAAAGUGCACAACAAAGUACACCAACGUUUGAUCAAGAUCAGCUUUAUACGUGGGCUGCAGUCAACCAACCUACUCAUUCAUCAGAUUACUUUGAAGGGCGAUUUCCAAGGAGAAUUCCAUCAGUGUGGCCACCACCAAAACCUCCAGGUGAAGAGCAGACAUUGAAACAUGCAGAAAAAGAAUUGGAAGAUGCUACAGCGGAAACCAAGACAGAAUACACGGAGGAUAUUCAGGUACAGGAGGAUGUUGCAAUAAAAUCAAAAGAGCGUGCAAAUGAAAUUCAGCGGCUUGAGCAGACCAUACAAGAUCUGAAAUCAAAAAUUGCAGAGUUGGAGAAACAGUUUCCAGCAGCAGAGUUGCCUAUUUCCUCUAGAACUCAGUGGGAUGAGAACAAGCAGCCAACUUCUGAAGGGCUGUCCGACGCAGGUCUUCCGGAAGAGGAACCACGUACCCUAUCUAAAACCAUAACUGCAAAAUCAGUGCAGACUUCACCAACAGAAGAUUGUUUGACACACACAAUGCCUUCAGCCAACACACUGCCACAACUUCUCAAAGGGGAUGCAAGUCAAGGGCCAACUCAACCAUUGCCAACACUUGAGCCGCAAACCACAUUUUGCUCAGAAAUAUCUUUAGUUCUCUCACCAAAACGGAUUUCAGUACAGUUGGAUGCUGCCCAAGAAACACAAUCUAUGCCACAGCCUUCAGGACUAGAUGCUAAUUUAUUACCUUCUGAGGAAUUUGUAUCAUCCCAUCCACCUCCAAGUACUGAGAGUAUUACUUGCAGUGAACAUUCCCCGUCCUUAUCUUCUCAUCCCAGUUCCAGCUUCCCCAUUGGACUGUCUAGUACAGAAGGACUGUCUAGUUCCCUGCCUGGAGCAGGUAGCCAAUUUUUAACCUCAUCUGAUUCAGGUGUAAUGCCUCCACCACCAUCCCUACCUGCCUCAGGACACCCCCUGUCUUCAUCUUGUACAAUGCCACCUCCUGCCCCACCAUUGCCUGAUGAAGGUAUUCCUCCACCUCCGCCACCUCUGCCUGAAAUGGGCAUCCCUCCUGCGCCUCCUUUGCCCAUGGACAUCCCACCUCCACCAUCGUUUUCUGGAAUAAACGUGCCACCCCCUCCACCUUUGCCAGGGGCAGCUAUUCCUCCUGCACCACCGCUGCCUGGCAUGGAUGGUCCAGUCUUUUCCCCGCUUCCUCCUGGAACGCAGAUGCCUCCUACAUCCCCGCCUUUUGCAAACAUGGGAGUGCCGCCGCCUCCACCUCUACCAGGAAUGGGAGUUCCACCACCUCCUCCACUUUUGCCGGACAUGGAGGCACAACAUCCUCCCCCGUCUUUCCUGGGAAUGCCUCCCCCACCUCCACCUUUGCCAGGCAUGGGUUUGCCACCCCCUCCUCCACCCUUGCCUGGUGCUGGAGCUCCCCCUCCUCCCCCACCUUUACCAGGCAUGGGUGUCCCCCCUCCUCCCCCACCGUUGCCAGGCAUGGGUGUCCCCCCUCCUCCCCCACCCUUACCUGGUGCAGGAGUUCCCCCUCCUCCACCGCCUUUGCCAGGCAUGGGUUUGCCACCCCCUCCUCCACCUUUGCCUGGUGCUGGAGCUCCUCCUCCUCCCCCACCUUUGCCUGGUAUGGGUGUGCCACCUCCAUCGACUGCUAGCCUUCCACACGUUUCUGGGUUUCUUCAGCCUCCCUUGCCAACUGAUUUAUUUGUAAUGGGGAUGAACCAGGACAAAGGGAGCAGGAAACAUGCAAUAGAACCUUCUCGGCCAAUGAAGCCUCUUUAUUGGACAAGAAUUCAGCUGCAUACUAAAAGAGAUUCUAGUGCUUCACUUGUGUGGGAAAAAAUUGAAGAGCCUUCCAUAGAUUAUCAUGAAUUUGAAGAACUGUUUUCUAAAACAGCUGUUAAAGAGAGGAAGAAACCCAUUUCGGACACCAUUGCAAAGACAAAGAGCAAGCAGGUUGUCAAGUUAUUGAGCAACAAAAGGUCACAAGCAGUUGGGAUAUUAAUGUCCAGUCUUCAUUUAGAUAUGAAAGAUAUACAGCACGCUGUUGUGAACUUGGACAACUCUGUGGUUGACUUAGAGACCCUUCAAGCCCUUUAUGAGAAUAGAGCACAAUCUGAUGAACUGGAAAAAAUAGAAAAACAUGGCAAGUCAAGCAAGGAAAAAGAGAAUGCCAAAUCAUUGGACAAGCCUGAACAAUUUCUUUAUGAGCUGUCUCUAAUUCCCAACUUCUCGGAACGGGUUUUUUGUAUCCUGUUCCAAUCAACAUUCUCAGAAAGCAUUUCCUCUAUCCAUUGCAAACUUGAAUUGCUUCAGAAACUGUGUGAGACACUGAAAAGUGGCUCAGGAGUGAUGCGGGUUUUAGGCUUGGUCCUUGCCUUUGGAAAUUACAUGAAUGGAGGUAACAGGACACGAGGACAGGCAGAUGGCUUUGGGUUAGACAUACUUCCCAAACUGAAGGAUGUCAAGAGUAGUGACAAUAGCAGAAGUCUUCUAUCAUAUAUUGUCUCAUAUUAUCUGCGUAAUUUUGAUGAGGAUGCUGGAAAAGAGCAAUGUAUCUUCCCUCUUCCAGAGCCGCAAGACUUAUUUCAGGCUUCUCAGUUAAAAUUUGAGGAAUUUCAAAAGGAUCUCCGCAAACUUAAAAAAGAUUUGAGAGCAUGUGAGACAGAAGCAGGCAAAGUUUGUCAAUUAUCAUUAGAAGAGCACAUCCAGCCUUUUAAAGACAACAUGGAGAAAUUCAUUAGUCAAGCUAAAAUUGACCAUGAAAUGGAAGAGAAAUCCUUGGCAGAAACACAUAAAAGCUUUUUGGAGACUACAGCGUAUUUCUGUAUGAAACCAAAAAUGGCAGAGAAGGAGGUGUCCUUAAACGCUUUCUUCAGUAUUUGGCAUGAAUUUAGUUCUGAUUUUAAAGAGUUCUGGAAGAAGGAAAAUAAACUUAUUUUGCAAGAAAGGCUUAAAGAGGCUGAAGAAGUAUGCAGACAGAAAAAGGGGAAAUCAAUUUACAAUAUAAAACAAAAGCACGAUUCUGGAAUUAAAGCUAAGAUAAGUAUGAAAAGCUGAGAGAAGAAAGGCUUGUGUCAUUGUGCCACCUGUUUCGUAAACUCAGAAUGUCUGUGGAUGGGGGAAAAAA